AUGCUCCUCUUCCACGGCACCGCGGAGCGGGCGGUGGAGGAUGUGCUCGCACAUCAGAACGGGCUCGACCCUCGCUUCUCCAAUGGCGGCUUCUAUGGUUCAGGCAUCUACCUGGCGGAGGACCCGUCGUACCCGAUCGGCGGCCGGUACGCGCACCGCAUCUCCGGUUCGGGCGGCCGCCGCGUGCAGCUGCUCAUCGUGAAGGCCGCCCUCGGCACGCAGGAGGAGAUGGGGCAGCGCAUCAGCGCGGAGACGAGAGCGAUGCGCAUGCCCGGCGUGCGCGUCGAGGGCCCGCCCCGACUCCUCUACAACAGCGUGCGCGGCGGGCCGCACCGCCCCUUCCUCUCCGGCGGAGGCGAGAGCGGGUGCGACGCAUCCAUCGUGCACGUGGCGUACGAGUCGCGCCAGAUGUACCCGGCGUACGUGAUCGAGGUCGAGAUUGAGAUGGGGGCCGAGGUGGUGGCGGCCGUGCAGAACAACUCGACCGAGGGGAGCGCGAGCGCCGGCCCCGCAUCCAAGCAGCAGCGCACCGCUGCCCAUUCUGCGGCUCAGGUCCUCGCCGCUGCGCCAACGCUUGGGGGCGGCGCCGGCAGUGGCGGCGGCGGCUCCAGCCAUUCUGCGGCCCACGUGCCCCUCGCCAUUCAAGGCGGAGGCGCCAUGCUCGACGAGGGGUGCAUCGAGCUCAUGCACAGCGGGCAAACCGCCGGCCAGGCCGGGGCCAACCCCUACCGCGUGCAGAUCAUCGACCUCAGGCCGAUCAAGAAUCCGAUGUCGCGGCAGGGCGCGGAGGAGCGCUACCGCCUCAAAAUCUCGGACGGCCGCCACUACAUGCAUGCGAUGCUCUCCACGUCGCUGAACCCGAUUAUUCAGCGAGAUGGGAUCCGCGCGCUGAGCAUCGUUCGCAUCGACAACCACAUCAUGAACAGCAUACAGAACCGCAAGGCGCGCCCCUCCGCGCGCAUCGGCCACCCGCAACAGUGCCCGCCGUAA